AGAUAGGUGCAGUCGAGAAAGGGUUGCAGGACUUAACGGUUGUGAUAAGCUAGGGAGUAGUUCCUAUCCCUAUAGCAAGUUACUUACUCUUAAGCCUGUGGGUAUAACCCCAGGAGAAAGAACAGCUAAGGGUCAGCUGGGAUAUACUACUUUUCCCGGCAGCCGUAAAGUACAACAGCACUUGGCCCUGCACUAGAUCCUUCGUACUCCACCAGACUGGUAACGCUUCAUUGCACAGUCCAGAUUUAAUGACCAGUCAGCAGUAGGUGAAGCUUACAUACAAAAUGCCUAACCGGUACAAAGUGACAGAAGGAAAGGAUCCGAGAGCAGACAGCUACCGCUAUGCUGUCACUCCAGCCCAAGAUGAAAAGCUGGGCAAAAAGGGCAAGAAGGCCAAGAAGAAGGCCAACAUGGAUGAACUCAAACAGGAAUUGGAGAUGGAUGAGCACAGGAUUUCUCUGGAGGAGUUGUACGACCGACUGGGGACAGAUCCAAACAUGGGUCACACCACAGAACAGGCUCGUGAAAUCUUCGCCAGAGAUGGACCGAAUCAACUAUCACCGCCUAAAACCACACCAGAAUGGGUGAAAUUUGCCAAACAGCUCUUCGGAGGGUUUGCUCUUUUACUCUGGAUUGGAGCAAUACUCUGUUUUAUAGCCUACUCAAUCCAGGCUGGAACAUUUGAAGACCCACCUGGUGAUAAUUUAUAUCUUGGUAUUGUGUUGGCUGCUGUUGUCAUUGUUACGGGUUGUUUUUCGUAUUAUCAAGAAGCCAAGAGUUCAAGGAUUAUGGAGUCUUUCAAAAAUAUGGUUCCUCAAUACGCCAUUGUGGUGAGAGGUGGAGAAAAAUUGAAUGUGCGAGCGGAGGAGCUGGUCGUAGGGGAUAUCAUUGAGGUGAAAUUUGGGGACCGAGUACCAGCUGAUUUCCGUGUCAUCUCUGCCCACAGCUUCAAGGUGGAUAACUCCUCACUGACUGGAGAGUCUGAGCCUCAGACCAGGACAGCUGAGUUCACCAAUGACAACCCGCUAGAAACAAGGAACUUGGCCUUCUUCUCCACAAAUGCGGUAGAAGGCACAGCUCGUGGAAUUGUUGUGAAGACUGGAGAUCGUACUGUCAUGGGACGUAUUGCUAACUUGGCCUCUGGUCUGGAAGUUGGAGAAACCCCCAUUGCCAAGGAGAUUGCCCAUUUCAUUCAUCUGAUCACCGGUGUGGCUGUCUUUCUGGGUGUCACAUUCUUCAUUAUUGCCUUUAUCUUGGGCUACCAUUGGCUGGAUGCUGUCAUCUUCCUCAUUGGUAUCAUUGUGGCUAAUGUACCUGAGGGCCUGCUUGCCACUGUCACCGUAUGCCUGACCUUGACAGCCAAACGUAUGGCCAGUAAGAACUGCCUGGUGAAGAAUCUGGAGGCUGUGGAGACCCUGGGCUCGACCUCCACCAUCUGCUCGGACAAGACUGGCACCCUGACGCAGAACAGGAUGACCGUGGCACACAUGUGGUUUGAUGGAAAGAUCAUGGAGGCCGACACCAGUGAUGACCAGUCCAAUGCUACCUAUGACAAAGGCAAUGCUAACUGGGUUGCCCUCUCCCGUGUGGCUAUGUUGUGUAACCGUGCAGAGUUUAAGGCUGGUCAGGAGGAUGUACCCGUCCUUAAGAGAGAGUGCAAUGGCGAUGCCUCAGAAUCUGCCCUGUUAAAGUGUGUGGAACUGUCUUUGGGUCACGUGGUGGAAUUUAGAAGACGUAAUCGCAAAGUUUGUGAAAUUCCCUUCAACUCAACCAACAAAUACCAGGUGUCUAUCCACGAGACUGAGGACCCCGAUGAUCCCCGCUACCUGCUGGUGAUGAAGGGUGCCCCAGAGAGGAUCCUGGACAGGUGUGGCACUAUUCUCAUGGACGGCAAGGAAUACCCCCUGGACGAGAACUUCAAAGAUGCCUUCAACAGUGCUUACCUGGAACUGGGAGGCUUGGGAGAGCGUGUGCUCGGUUUCUGUGACUUCUUCCUGCCCACUGACAACUUCCCACCUGGCUACGAGUUUGACCCUGAUGAGCAGAACUUCCCCCUGGACAAUCUCCGCUUUGUGGGCCUCAUGUCCAUGAUUGACCCCCCUCGUGCUGCUGUCCCUGAUGCUGUUGGCAAGUGUAGGAGUGCUGGAAUUAAGGUUAUCAUGGUGACUGGAGAUCAUCCUAUUACAGCUAAGGCCAUCGCCAAGGGAGUGGGUAUCAUUUCAGAGGGAAGCAAGACUGUAGAAGAUAUUGCUGUGGAGAGAGGUGUUCCUGUGGAAGAGGUGGACCCCAAGGAAGCUAAGGCUGCUGUCAUCCACGGAUCUGACUUGAGAGACAUGACACCUGCCCAGAUUGAUGAGGUGCUGCGUAACCACCCUGAGAUCGUCUUCGCUCGUACCUCACCCCAGCAGAAACUGAUCAUUGUGGAGGGUUGUCAGAGGCAGGGUCAGAUUGUAGCUGUGACAGGAGAUGGUGUCAAUGAUUCUCCUGCUCUAAAGAAAGCCGAUAUUGGUGUUGCCAUGGGUAUUGCUGGUAGUGAUGUCAGUAAACAAGCUGCAGACAUGAUCUUGCUGGAUGACAACUUUGCCUCCAUUGUUACUGGUGUGGAAGAAGGUCGUUUGAUCUUUGACAAUUUGAAGAAGUCCAUUGCUUACACGCUGACAUCUAACAUUCCUGAGAUCAGCCCGUUCCUCAUCUUCAUCGUGUGUGACAUCCCUCUACCUCUCGGGACCAUCACCAUUCUCUGUAUUGACUUGGGAACUGACAUGGUACCAGCCAUCUCCCUGGCUUACGAAUCUGCCGAGAGCGACAUCAUGAAACGUCAACCUCGAGACCCUGUCAAGGACAAGCUGGUGAAUGAGAGACUGAUCAGUAUGGCCUAUGGACAGAUUGGUAUGAUCCAGGCCUCCGGUGGUUUCUUCACCUAUUUCGUCAUUAUGGGUGAGAAUGGGUUCUGGAUGUCUCGUCUGCUGGGCAUCCGUGUGGAAUGGGAUGCUCUGGGGGUCAACGACCUGGAGGACUCCUAUGGACAGGAAUGGACCUACCACCAGAGAAAGAUCCUGGAAUACACCUGUCACACAGCUUUCUUUGUGACCAUUGUGGUUGUGCAGUGGGCAGAUCUGAUCAUUUGUAAGACCAGGAGACUGUCCCUCUUCCACCAGGGAAUGAAGAACCACCACCUGACGUUUGGCCUGUUCUUCGAGACUGCGCUAGCUGCCUUCAUGACAUACUGUCCUGGGCUGGACAAGGGUCUGCGUAUGCAAAAUCUGCGACUGUCCUGGUGGUUCCCUGGAAUCCCCUUCAGCUUGGCCAUCUUCAUCUAUGAUGAGUGUAGGAAAUUCCUCUUGCGUAGGAGCCCUGGUGGCUGGCUGGAGAAGGAGACUUACUAUUAACGACACGCCUAGAGCCAGUAGGAGUAUUUCAAUAAUCACUGUAUUGCCAGGUGUCUGGGAGGCUCCCAGUGUUUUUAGGGGGGCCACUACAUGGUUAUUACUGGGCGUUGCCUGUUAUGUGAAGAUUGUAUAGACAUUGAAUUGGGUUGUUGGUAUAGGAUUGACAAUGUUCUAGUGAGACAAGAAGAAAUUGAAAACAAUAAUCAAGAAUACAUGUGAAUAUAUUGAUUUUAGAUGUAAUUUAUGCUUCAGAAAGUAACCCUGCAUUGCUUUUAUUGCAUUACUGUUAACACCAGACCGGUGUGUGUGAAUGGCGAUUCAUCAAGCAUUAUUGAAGUUCUCAUAGACUAUUGGUAGCUGGCCUUACUAGGCCUCUAGCAAAAGGUUACAAUUUUAUCAAUUCUAUAUACCCUGGAUCUUAAUCUUGUAUAGCUGUCCCUAGAUUAGGUGUAUUCAUAGUUACUUGUGUGUAAGCACAACUGUUGUCACUUUACCCAAAGCAAAUGUCACCAUUGCUGAAACAAUUUUUACAUUUUUUGUGUGUUUUGUCUUGAAUGGUUUUAAGAUUUUUUACUGAAAUUUCUGUUGAUUUAUGAUGGCUGUAAUGGUACUCAAGACUCAUCUCAUUAAGUUUUACAGCCCACUGUAUGAGGCAGGCUUUGAAUGUUGUGAUGUCUUAUUUGUUUGUCAUAUAUAUAUAUACAUAAACUAAGCAUUUACAAGCCUUGAGAUGUAUAAUUGGUACAUUCUAAAGAACGGAGCAAGAAUGAAGCAUAUCAGUAACCCUAGUUAGAGUUGUGUACAGAGGAUAUAGUGGCCAGUCAGGUCUACCAGUCCUCCAGUCAAUACGCAGUUUAAUUAGCCCGGGGCCUGUGUAUCCCUGCCUUCACCUGUGUAGAUCCAGCUAACCUGUGCGCUCUAGCCGCUGUGUGAUAUCCUAGUGCGUGUCUGUGAAUUCUGUGUUAUGUACAUUCCAGUUACCUACCUUAAUGCUGAGUGUUCAGCACACCAAUGUAGCCCUUCCCCCACUCCCAAGCCGCUCAGGGGUGCUCGGUUCCAGAUAACACCAGGAAGUCAUGAUCUUGAUCCAGUAUUAAGUACAGCAGUGGAUGUACCUGUACACUGUUAUGUCUGUUACAGUUAAGUUAGUUUGAGAUUUUAACAUGUUUUGAAGAAUCAGAAGGAAGCACAGUGACCAGCCUGUUACCUGCUGUAAGACCAUAGCUUGUUAUACAUUAGUGUAUUUCUUCAACACUGCUCUGUCUUCGGCACCAUCAAUUGAUGUUUGUAUUGUUUAUUAAUCAGGAAUGUUCCAUCUAGUUUUAAUACUUUUUUUAAAGAUUGUUAUGUUAUUUAGAAACAUACUCUGUCCUUCAGGUCACAUUAAGCUGCAUGAGUCUGGCAGGGUGGUGGAUAGUGUACCCCCUGUGUGCUCACAGCCUUCUCCCCCCACUGUUUUGGUAGGAAGCUUCUCUCCCAGACCUACCCCUCCCACUGGAGCUGCCUGUGAUGCCUGCACAGCUAGUAGCUGGUUUUCUGUUCUCACGGGUCCACCUACAAAGCUCUUACGGCCAUCACAGUAAACCACAGUAGUCUUAAUGUGACUGGUAAAGAACCAAUAUGAAGUAAAAUAUGCACUGAACUUUAGCCAAUAAAGUCUUUAAACAAACCUCA